GUGCCUCGCCGCCCGGCCCCCCGGAAACACCGCCCGCGCCCCGCCGGUGCCGGCCAUGGCGGCGGAGGACGAAGGGGCGGUUUUGGCCUGGAUGGACCAGGCCCUCGACGUGGCUAAAGAAGCGCUGGAGAAGGGGGAGGUUCCCGUCGGGUGCCUCGUGGUGUACCACGGCGAGGUCGUGGGGCGGGGCAGGAACGAGGUCAACGAGACCAAGAACGCUACUCGACAUGCCGAAUUGGUGGCAAUUGAUCAGGUCCUGGACUGGUGCAAGCAACAAAACAGAGAUUAUACAGAAGUGUUUGCAAACUCGGUAAUGUACGUAACGGUAGAGCCUUGUAUCAUGUGUGCAGCUGCUCUGCGCUUGAUGAAAAUUCCACGGGUCGUAUAUGGCUGUCGAAAUGAGCGAUUUGGAGGCUGUGGCUCAGUUUUGAGCAUCUCGUCUGAUGAUAUGGUGGACUCAGGAGAACCAUUUGAAUGCGUUUCUGGCUAUCGUGCCAAAGAAGCAGUGGAAAUGUUAAAAGCUUUCUACAGGCAAGAAAAUCCCAAUGCACCAAAAUCCAAAGUACGGAAAAAGAACAAUCGUAAUUAGCCCUACACCGAUGGGAGACAGAAACUUACCAGAAAAUGGUACCUGAAGGUUUCUUCAGUGUCCUUUUCUUUUAAAAUGUACAAUUAAAUUAUGCCUAAUGUUCUGUACAGAGUUUUUACUAAUAGGGUAUUUACUACCUGUUCCUGCAAUUCUAUGUAUGUGAUUUCUUUUAUCGUGACCUAACAUGACCAAACAGAUGAGUAAGUGGCUGUUUCUAGACAGAGGAAAAUUUAUGGUUCAAGUUCACUUGUUUACAGCCAGAUGUAUCUUUUCAUAGCACUGGUUGGCUUUGUCACUUCCAUGUACUUUGCUUGGCCAUGCAGUAAUUUAUAAUCCAGAAGAGGGCCUUACAGUUCCACUAAUGAAUUAAGAA